AAAUAAAUAAGAGAAACGUGAAAGCCGAUAAAUUAGGUUAAAUUGUCAACAAGUUUUAUUCACGAAUAUAAUUGAGUGGAAUAUAGUUGAGUUAUUUAGCAAGAAUAUGUUUGGAAAUAAAAAGAAGUAUACUUUACCAGAGAGACCAAAACCACCAAAUAUGAAAGAAAUUGUAGAAGAUUUAAAAAAUUCAAAAGACAAUAAUGAUAUAGCAUUUACGCUCUUAACUCAUGAAUCAGGCUACAAUGAUAGUUUUCUGUCAUCAGAACCAACUGAUAUAAAUAAUACUUAUGAAAAAAUUAAAACUUAUGUUGAUAUAAAUAAAAAAUUGAAAACAUUGAAAGAAUCUAUUCAUGAAGCUGAAGAGGACUUAAAAUCUAAUGUUAAUGAUAUAGUUGUAUUGACGGAGGAAAUCAAGGAGCAAGCUCAGGCUGCUUUAAUUCAAUAAAUUAAUUUUAUUAGUUUGAUGACAUUUUUUUAUGAAACAAACAUAUGUAAAUAGAUAUCUAUUACACAGUUCUAA